UAGCAACAUGACGUAUAUGGGUUAAAUGUAGCUUUGAAUACCUUAAUAUCAUCGACACAAGAUGGCUAAUAGUUGUGUUACUAGCUACAAAACAGAAAUGGAGAACAAAUUGAGUAUCACCAGAGCUCAGCUAAAGUAUUUAGAUCAUGGUUACAGCCUCAUGGAAGCAAUUGGCAACGGGGCAUUUGGUCAAGUUUAUCUGGGAAGUAAAUAUGGCAACCAGUACGCUAUAAAAGAAAUACCAGCUAAUUUGGAGAAAGAAAAGCUCGACAAAUUGAAGAACGAAGCGAAGGUGCUAAAAGCUCUAAAUCAUCCUAAUAUUGUAAGAUCCAUAGAUAGUUUCUUGGAAGAUGCUAACUUUUACAUUGUGCUGGAGUUCUGUAACGCAGGAGAUUUGAAUGGGUUUAUUCUUAAUAAUAAACCUGAUUAUUUGACCAAGCUGUAUGUGACUGAACAGACGAUCGAUGCCCUAUCAUAUCUUUAUGAGCGUGAGAUAAUACACCGCGAUAUAAAACCAGACAACAUAAUGAUAAAUUAUUUACAGAAUCGUUGUACAAUCAAAAUAGGAGACUUUGGUUUAGCAAGAUCUUGUCCAAACCUAACUAUUGAAGAGCCUUACUAUGAAUUCAACUACAGCCCUAGAGCGCCGCGUUAUUAUAGACCGCCAGAGUCUUUUGAUAGAAUUGUAACCGUGGAUGACUAUGGAAAUAGCAUUCCACCAAGAGUUAUCUAUGGAACAGUAACCAUUACAACCGAUAUCUUCAGCUCUGGGUGUCUGGUAAUGGCGAUGUUUUCAGAAACCACAGUUCCCUGGGGCGAUGGAAAGCUGCUCUUAGCACCAUUUAUUGCUGGGGAUUCGUCCAUAGAACACAUAGAUAUAGCUCGAGCCACUCAACAACAAAAGGAAGAUUAUAUCAGAGAGAACAUAGAAAUUCCAGACCAGCCUGUGAUGCAAGCAGAGUUACGAAGACUUAUUUCUAACAUGGUCAAGAGUGAUUGGCGUGAUCGACUUAAUGGAAACGAAGUUAGAGAUAGCAUGAAAACACUCCUCCAGUCUAAAGCAAUCAAUGGACCCAUGAUGAAUUGCCCUCCAUCAGCCAAUCCAGCAAUGAUGAAUUAUUCUGCAGCUAUUAAUGUACCCAUGAUGAAUUGCCCUCCAUCAGCCAAUACAGCAAUGAUGAGUCCAGCAAUGAGUGGGUCCAUGAUGAAUUGCCCUCCACCAGUUAAUACAACAAUGAUGAGUUAUUCUCCAGCAAUGAGUGGACCCAUAAUGAAUUAGCUUCUGGCAAUGAAUGGAGCAAGGCGGAAAGGGUCCUUUACCAAGUUUUCCAGAAGGAUUUCUUUUUUUAUCAAUAAAAACAACAUUUAUUG